AUGCAAUCGCAACUCUACCCCACUGAUACCGCUAAGAUCGCCUUCAUAAUCUCACAACUGCAAGGUAAAGCUCUCCGCUGGGCGGACGCACUCUGGAUUCAGAAAGGUUCCGUGGUGAAAUCCUAUCCAGCCUUCGUCGCUCAUUUCCGCGAAGUCUUUGGAAAGCCCCUCUCGGAUUCAUCAGUUGUUGUCGCGCUCCUCGAUUCAGGGUCAGCCGGGAACUUCAUCUCCGGUGCCCUCUGCCGACAACUCAAGCUCAAAACUUCGCCGUCCAUCUACCAAGUCCACUCCAUCACCGGAAAGCCCCUAAGCCGCACGAAGAUCAGUUGCUGUGUGGGACCGCUGCAGCUCCGUGUUGGAAUACUACACGUCGAGGAUAUUCACCUGCUGGUUCUGGAGGAAUCAACCGCUGACGUGGUUCUAGGAUUCACCUGCAGCUUCAUCAUGGGUGAUUCACAAGGAUCCAGAGAUGGAGAUUGUUCUCCAGGAUGCAGUUCAGUCCAGCAGAAGAGCUCAAACCCAGAGUCCAGCUGUGUGUCUCUGAAGAGUAACUGGUCUAUGGAGGAGCCAACAAAGUUUAAGAGUGAAAACACACAGCCUGAUCUCAGCAGUGACUCUAAACCUGAAGUCUUAAACACACUGAGAUCAAAUCUGAGAAAGAAGUUUGAGUGUUUGUAUGAGGGAAUAUCAAAGCAGGGAAACCCAACACUCCUGAAUGAGAUCUACACAGAGCUCUACAUCACAGAGAGUGAAAGUGGAGAGAUCAAUAAUGAGCAUGAGGUGAGACAGAUUGAGACACAGUCCAGGAGAGCAGAAACAGAGGACACACCGAUCAAAUGCAGUCACAUCUUUAGACCUUUACCUGGACAAGACAAACCCAUCAGAACUGUGCUGACAAAGGGAGUCGCUGGCAUUGGAAAAACAGUCUCUGUGCAGAAGUUCAUCCUGGACUGGGCUGAAGGGAAAGAGAAUCAGGACGUCCAGCUCAUAUUUCCACUUCCUUUCAGAGAGCUCAACUUGAUGAAGGACAAAACACUCAGUCUUUCAGAUCUUCUUCAUGUCUUUUACCCUGAAACAAAAGAAAUGGAAAUAUCCAGUGAUAAGUACAAAGUUUCCUUCAUCUUUGAUGGUCUGGAUGAGUGUCGUCUGUCUCUGGAUUUUCAGAGCGAUGUGAGGUUGUGUGAUGUGACUGAAUCAGCCUCAGUGGACGUGCUGCUGACGAACCUCAUUGCGGGGAAUCUGCUUCCCUCUGCUCUCAUCUGGAUCACCUCCAGACCAGCAGCAGCUGAUCUCGUCCCCUCUGAGUGUGUCCAUCGAGUGACAGAGGUACGAGGCUUCAGUGACCCACAGAAGCAGGAAUACUUCAGGAAGAGAAUCAGGGAUCAGAGUCUGUCCGACAGGAUCAUCUCACAUCUGAAGUCAUCAAGGAGCCUCUUUAUUAUGUGUCACAUCCCAGUGUUCUGCUGGAUCUCAGCCACUGUUCUAGAGAAGAUGUUGAGUGAAGCAGAGAGAGGAGAGAUUCCCAAGACUCUGACUCAAAUGUACACACACUUCCUGAUCCUUCAGACCAACAUCAAACAUGAGAAGGACUAUGAGAAGAAAGUGAAAGAUGAAGACAUGAUUGUCAAACUGGGGAAACUGGCAUUUCAGCAGCUUGUGAAAGGCAACCUGAUCUUCUAUGAGGAAGACCUGAGAGAGUGUGGCAUUGAUGUGACAGAAGCAUCAGUGUACUCAGGAUUGUGCACUCAGAUCUUCAGAGAGGAGUUGGGCUUGUAUCAGGGGAAAGUCUUCUGCUUUGUUCAUCUGAGCAUUCAGGAACAUCUAGCAGCUCUAUAUGUGCAUCUCUCCUUUAUAAACAAGAACAUCAAUGUGUUUGACCAGAUUACCAAACCAACUAAAGCUUCACUAUCUGACCUCCAUCAGAGAGCUGUGGAUGAGGCUUUAGACAGUAAAAAUGGGCAUCUGGACCUUUUCCUUCGUUUCCUUCUGGGUCUGUCAGUGGAGUCUAAUCAGAGGCUCUUACAAGAACUAAAGACACAGACAGGAAACAGAUCUCACAACAAUGAGAAAACAGUUCACUAUAUCAAAGAGAGGAUCAGUGAGAAUCCCUCUCCAGAUAAAUACAUCAAUCUGUUUCACUGUCUGAAUGAACUGGGUGAUCUUUCACUAGUGAAUGAAGCUGAACCUCAUAUGAAGUCUGGAGGAUUACGUGAUGUGAAACUCUCCUCAUCUCAGUGGUCAGCUUUAGUUUUUGUGUUGUUGAGCUCAGAGUCGACAAUGCAGAAGUUUCACCUGAAUAGCUUAAUUGGAGUCAGAACUGAUCAGUAA